CGUAUCAUUCCAGUAUUCUUUAAAAACAUGGCUGUUAAUCUUCCUUGGGUAGAGAAAUAUCGUCCUAAAAAUUUAGAUGACCUCAUCUCGCACAAGGAAAUAAUUAACACCAUUCAGCACUUUCUCAAGGAGGACAGGCUGCCACAUUUGCUAUUCUACGGUCCUCCAGGCACAGGAAAGACGAGCACAAUCCUUGCCUGUGCAAAAACAAUUUUCUCUCCAGCCGAAAUAAAAUCAAUGGUCCUCGAGUUGAAUGCAUCUGAUGAUAGAGGUAUUGAUGUGGUCAGAGGUCCCAUACAAAGUUUUGCAAGCACUCGGUCGAUUUUUCGUUCUGGGUUCAAGUUGAUAAUACUUGAUGAGGCGGACGCCAUGACAAAAGAUGCUCAGAAUGCCCUUAGACGAGUCAUAGAGACGUACACUGAUAAUGUUCGAUUCUGUUUAAUCUGUAAUUAUUUGUCUAAGAUUAUUCCUGCCCUGCAGUCAAGAUGCACCCGAUUUAGAUUCGGUCCACUCUCGAUGGAGCAAAUGUCUGUAAGACUCCAACACAUUAUCAGAGAAGAAAAUAUCAAUAUUACAGAUUCCGGGAUGGACAGUGUAGUCAAACUGGCACAAGGUGACAUGCGACGAUCUCUUAACAUUUUACAAAGCACCUCAAUGGCUUAUGAUACAGUAGAUCAAAGAACAGUGUAUCUGUGUACUGGCCAGCCUCUUCCUGAGGAUAUCAAGCAAAUUGUUGAGUGGAUGCUUGGCGAGGAUUUUAUGACAGCAUAUCAAAAGAUUAUUGAACUAAAGAUUGAAAAAGGACUGGCUCUACAUGACAUAAUCACAGAAAUUCAUCACUUAGUACAUAGAAUUGAUUUUCCUGCCAAAGUGAGACUAGCCCUCUUGGAUAAGAUGUCAAAUAUAGAAUAUAAUGUGUCUACCGGUACGUCGGAGAGGAUCCAACUGGGCGCUCUAAUUGGAGCUUUUCAAAAUGUACGAGACAUCGUGAGUGACGCUAGUAGGGAAAGAGGAAAAACUGAGUAGUGAUAAAGCUAAACAGUGAAAGUUUUUUUUGAAAUGAAACAUUAAACACAA